AUGUCUAAGGGUAUGACAAGACACAGUCAACAGAUCCGCAUAGACGUAUGGAAAGCGCUGGAAAACAAACCAAGAUGGCAUCCGGAUAGCUGUCGAUCGUGGCUUGUUUGUGCGGCGUCUUUGUUAUCUGUUGUUGUUGUCUCGGGGAUUGCAUUCAGUUAUGGUUUACUCCUGCCGUCCUUGAUGUUUGCCUUUGAAGCUACUCGACAACAAACAGGUAAGUAACAGUGAAUUAAAACAUCGAUUUCGCGUCUAGAAAAAAGGGAUGUGCUGGGCAUUUACAUUCAAGAUCCAUCUGCGCACAGACGAUCAACUCAUUCUCCGUCGCCCAGUGCCCCAUGUACCUACAACACUUUUUAAUGUUUGGCGUCUCCUUUUAUUUGCUCUCCUAUAAACUAACUUACGUCACUUUACGUUGCAGCAUGGAUUGGUACAUUGUACGUGGGAUUCUCUUUUCUCGUUGCUCCUCUGUCUUCUUACAUUAACGAUCGUUUUAGCUACAGGCUUGCUGCCAUUCUGGGAUCCCUCUUAGGAAUUGUUGGUUUCAUCUUUGCUUCAUGGAGUUCCGAUCUGUGGAUGAUGUAUUUAACAUUUGGUUUAAUGUCUGGUAUUGGGCAUGGAUUGAUUUUCAAUACUUCUGUUUUGGUGAUCCUGCAGCAUUUCGUGAAAUGGCGUUCAGUAGCUGUCGGUAUUGUGGCUUCUGGGCCAGCUAUUGGCAUGUUUGUCUUCUCCCAAAUCACUCGACUGUUAUUAAGCACGUUUGGAUGGCCGGGGGCAAUGAUAGGUUACGCCAUCUUGUUCUUUAUGUGCGGAUUGUGUGCUACUGUGUUCGUGACACUUAAGACAUUUAAGGAGGACAACAGUGACAUCAAUUCUCAUGGAAUAAAACGUGAAGAACCAAAAACAUCAUCUCUGCUCAGAAAUCGUCAUUUUCUGAUUAUGUUUUCUUCAUUUGUUAUCGUUCACUUUAGUUAUUUUGUUCCCACUAUACACAUAGUAAGUAUAUAUCAAUCUUAUUUUUUUGUUUGGUAAACGGAAGAACUAUACUUCAAAUUGCCACUUUAUCGUAUAAUUAUAAUCCAAGCUAACCAAGAGACGUCGUCUCGCAAUGGUAGACAGAGAAUUGAGAAAGUUGUAGAGAUGUGGAAGUUUGUGAAGUCAGAAAAGCUUGUCGCAUAAACAGAACAUAAACAAAAGAAAAGACAGAAAGAUAGACAUGCAGAAGAAUAACCCCGUGGAAAGAGAGAUUUAGUGGUAGAACGAACGAGAAAGAGAAGGCCGGAGAAGAUUUGCUUCCGAGUUUCUAGAGGUUUUGUAAGACAAGGAAAAAGGCAGAUGGACAGAAAGACGGACAGACGGUCAGACAGACGGACAGACGGACAGACGGACAGACGACUCUUAUAAAGAGAGAAAGGCGGGGUAGGUAAGCAGCGAGAUAGGGGAACUGACGUGCAGAUUGGCAAGCUGGUGGGCGGUAAGCAAAUCAUAAACCGCGACAGUUAAUUUUGAUGAGCUUAUCUUAUAUUUCCAGGCAAAACACAGCAUAGAAGAACUCCAUAUGUCCGAAGAAGAUGUCUCCUUAUUAUACACUUACAUGGCUGUAGCUUCCUUUAUCAGUCGCCAUCUUUUCUGCAAAUUGGGAGACUUGCCAUACUUCAAUAGAUUCUAUCUUUAUCAGGGGGGCAUGACCAUCAGUGGACUAUGUGUCCUUUGCAUUCCUGCAGCAAGUUCGUUUAUUUCUAUGCUCAUACCAUUAAUGGGAUUUGCACUCAUGGAUGGAGCGAUGUCGGGGCAACAGUCUCUGCUUGUAUUGGAAUGUGUGGGACAUCACAAUGUAAACCGUGCGUGGGGUUGUAUAAUGCUUUUUGUAGGAAUUAGCGCUAGUGUUGGACCUCCUUUAGUCGGUAAGUUGAAGCUAAUGUUGUAAUUACAGGUCAUGGAUUGGAGAUUGUCUCUAUUUAACUCCCACCACAAACAAUCCACUCAUUUUUAUCUAGGGCACUUACGGAAUGACGUUUUUCUGAUAGGUCUCAUGGCUGACAUGCUUGGCUCUUACACUAUCCCAUUUUAUACUACGGGCGUGGUGCUGAUAGUAGGGGCCUCCAUCACAUCACUUAUGGCUUGUGUAAAUCAACAAUCCGAAGAAAUUGACACCUGCAUCGUUCAAUCAGAAGUGCAAGAACUUACGGUCGCUGAAAAAAUAACUGUAUUGUAGAAAUGUUAUUCAUUUUGUCUUUAGUUUCCUACGUUCUGAUCGGUUGCUUUAAAUAAAUAAGCUUUGAAAUAAUAUUAGUUGCUUUGUUUUACUGUUCCGUCCUCAUUGUCUUCUAAAAAUAAGAUUCAUUGGGUAAAAUAUAGUGGAAAUCGUGAAUAGAACGUAGAGCUGAGGGUGAGUAAGUUGAUUUAUAACACAGGAUCUAUUGUCCAGUCUUCCAUGAUGUAAACGGCAAAUUGUUUUGUAUCCUUGUGAAUCACAAAGAAUUGCGGGCGUGCAGCGUUUUUCAAUCCUUGCGCAUCCUUUAAAGACUUGAGCGUAUGUUGUUGCUUUCUUGCAUUAUAUUGAUUCAUCAUUUUAUCGCUUUAUACUGGCCAUUGAGACAGAUUUUCGUGAUCAGCCAUAAGUUAAGAACAAGGGUAGCGUAGAUGAUAAAGUUUAUUUUAUUCUUCGUCGGUCUAGUGCAACUUCAACUUAGUUGAGAACGCUCGUUACUCGAAACUUUUAUUUUGAGUAAACUGCUACUCAGUUUUUUAAUUGUUUUUCGGUCUUUACAUAUAUUCAGCAUACCAGAAAUUAUUAAUAAUGACCCUUAACGAAGUCCACUUGGGCUGCCUGGGGUCGUAAAAAGUGUAGUAACUACCUUACUGAAAUGUAAUCCAAGGGCGGGGUGCAAGUGCACCCGUUGCUAUAUGGUUUUACAAAACAGAAUGCACGUGUGCAGUGCACGUGUGUUUAUGGCUACAUGAUUUUAUCGUGUGGAAUGAACGUGCAGGGAUUUGCUCAAAGACCAAUGGGUAUCGUUGCGUUCCUUCCGUUUCUACUAGUGUCUGUAUAACAGAAACGUUUAGAUGUGUAACAACCCAUUAAAUUUUUUAUGUCAUGGGAAAUUUUAACAAGAAAAUAUUUAGCUCAUAAAGCGGUCGUAAAUCUCUUUGAGGUUGUCUUUUCGAGUCUCAGUAGCAGCCGGUCAAUUUUUUUUCAAUUGGCUAAAUUACCAGUAGUGCGAUGGAUUUCUUUCUUUUUUUAUUAAAAGAGCACACAGAACGUUCCCAAUCAAACUAUCGUAAAUACAUCUAUAAGCAUAUAACUACCGUGACAUCUUGGUCACGCAAGCUAGGUGUAUUUCCCUUGAAAAAUACGAUUCGCUAUAUUACGUAACAACAAUGACUGUGAAUUAUAGGGCUUUCGUGACUUCUUCGCGAGACCCUUCGGAUCUUUAUCUUACAUGUAAAUUCAAUCAGUUUUUGGUUUUGUCUGUUUGAACUCUCAAUACUCUUUAUGGCGCUUGAACGCUGUACUCACCAACAUUUACCUCUCUUAGAAAACUAUAAUCUAUUAGAUUCGGAAGGUUAGUAGAUAUCUAUCAGGAAUUUUAAUACGUAAUAUCAAUAACAUGGAUCAGCCAAAGUACAUCAAAACAUUAACAUUUCUUUCGUGAUGUGGAGAUAUUAUGGCUUCGUAACGGGAAAUCAAAAUUUACAUUUUUACCUCAAACACGAUGGUCAGUGUUAUGAUAGUUUUCUGCUCCUAAUUUGCGCUUUUAGGGCUGGAAUGGUUAAUUUCCAACCCGUUGGGCGAUUAACUGUGAACUGCUUGACAGAAGAGAGUAAACAAUGUGGCGAAACCGGAGAAACUGUCAUCAAUCGCGCGAUUUCCGGGAGAGUAGAAUUUCAGGAAGGUGAUAUGUUCGGAGUGCGCAUGCACCCAUUUCAUCAAGAUGAUUCGUGAUGAAUGCACGUGCGGAGUGCACGUGUGCCCAGUAGUAAACCGGAAAUAUCACUGCUUCCUGAGAAUCAUACAAACCGCUAUUUUACGUAACGACAAUGAAUGUGGAUCAUACGGGCUUCGUAAGGAUCUUGAGGAGACUUCUUCGCGAGACGCUGCGAAUCAAGAAUUAUUUCCUGGGAUUCGUCUUUACUCUUCACAAUUGAUUUUCAGCACUUUCGAAUGUAAGUCAUCAUACAAUCCAUUUUGUGCCUCGCGAAUAUUGAAUCGUCGCUAUGAAUUUCGAACGAAAAUAUAAAUUACGGUUCAAAGCUGCAAUAACUAUUGUACAGUUAUAUUUAUGUUGGGCGAACAACGCUCGAGUGUGGCGCUGACGCAAGGCGUUUCUUGUGACGUCCGUUUACAGCGUGUUUCAGUUAAUGUUCACUUCCGUAGCAAGUUAAACUUAGGCACACAAAUGCGUAUGUAUGCUUUUCAAUAUUAGCUGUAAUCAUUCCCAGAAGAAGUCUCAGCUAGAGACGAAACGCGUCGGAAAAGUUACAACAACGAGAAAUCUGCCUUUGUACUUCUCACUAGCCUCCGUUAGAAAAAAUAACAUUAAAAAAGAUAAAUCUUAUAAAUUGCCACAAUCUGGAGGAAGAGUUUCGUUCAAGAAACCAGAUGAAGACCUAAGUCACGCUCGCUCCGGAAUCGAUGGGCCUGAGGUCAAAGUGAUAUACACCGUAUAAAAACUUUUGUUAAAUCCUUUUCGGCUUGAACUAAAAAAUACUUCUUUAAAUAUUGGGUUCGAUAUUGGCUGAGAGGAAAAAUUUUUUUUAUUAGCUGUUCUGCAUGGCGUGUAGUUUACCCGUAGCUCUGACAAUCUGUCGAUCUGUCGCGUUUCGAUUAUUCCACCUUUUGGGAGUAAUGAUAUCCCAUUUCGAAUUUCAUAUUCUCUUAACUGCUUAAUGGUGGCUGAUAACAGAAUGGAACAAAUCCUUUUUUCCGCUCGUAAAUUGCGACAGCAGCUGGAAAGCGAGGGCGAUGUUGUUUCAGGUAUUAUCGUGACCCUUUCACUAGACACACGUAUGACGUAUCACAUCACGUGUCCUGGAUUGGAACAUUUUCAAAAUGGCCGUCAAUUAAUCAUCAGAAAAAAUAAUAUAUUGAUUCUGCGCAAAAUAUCGUUUAUUUGCUCAUUUAGGGUUCUUCAACCCAAGAUGAAUGUACUUAAUUUUGUACUGUUUUUAGUUUUCCUUUUUAUUUAUUGAUUUUUUUUUUGUUAAAAGUAAUUAUUUUUAGCGUAUCGAGUGGUAUGUUGCUCGUAACAAUCAGAUCGCAGCAUAUUAGGGUACGUAUCUCACACCAAUCAGAUCGCCGCAUUAGGGUAGGUAUCUCUCACCCAUCAGAUCGCCGCGUAGAGUAUGUAUCUCGCACCUGUCAGAUCACAGCAUUGGGUAUGCUUGCACCAAUAAGAGUAUUAUCAUGUAUGCCAAUCAUGUCUAGCCUAAGUUUCUAAAAAUUGGACCGUGACGACAUGUUUCACGACGUCUGAUUUUGCCUUGUUUUACAGCGUGGCACAUUUUUUGCGUUCCAUUAUCCUAAUAUGGUAAAAUGGUUUAAUAAUGGAAAAUAUCGGGUGUCUCGAAAACUAAGACCUUGGACCUAUAACCUUGAUAACUGAGACCUUGACACCUUGGCGCAUUGAGGAACUGAAAAGUACACGAGGUCAGCUCUCCCUGAUGGGAUUAGUUGGUUUUGAGACGAAAAGUGUAAUAAGUAUGGCAUUAUUGUUUACAUUGAUUAAAUUGGUGUUCUAUAGCUACCGCUGUACACUAUACAAAGAUGUCGAAAUGUAAAACAAGACACAAUUCACAGAUCCAUAUGGGCCCAUGGAAAACGCUGGAGAACAAUUCCGGAUGGCAUCCAGAUAGCUGUCGAUCGUGGCUUGUUUGUGCGGCAUCUCUGUUAUCCGUUGUUGUGGUUUCGGGGAUUGCUUUCAGUUAUGGUUUACUUCUGCCGUCCUUGAUGGAUGCUUUUGAAGGUACUCGACAAGAAACAGGUAAGUUACAAGAGUAACAUCAAUUUCGCGUUUAAAAUAAUUACGAAAAAGAAACAAAUCUGUACACGGCGCUAACAUUCAUCAAGAUGAUGCGGUAGAAUGCAUAUGCGCCCACAGCUACGUGUUUUAAUUUUCAACAAGAUGAUGCGUGCGGAAUGCACGUGCAGAGAAAUUCGAAGCUUUUCUCUCCUUGUUCGUUUCGGGGAUUGCAUUCAGUUAUGGUUUACUCCUAGCGUCCAUAAGUGUGCUUUUGAAGCUACUCGAGAAGAAACAGGUACUUAGCAAGAACACAAAAUAUCGAUUUCGCGUCUGAAAUAAUAGUGAUAAUAAUAAUAACAAUAAUAAUAAUAAUAAUAAUAAUAAUAAAAAAUAAGUGAAAGGCACUUACAUUCAAGAUCCAUCGGCCAACACUGAACCAGUGCCAAGAGACCAUUUACCCAUCCUCUCUCGCCCAGUGCCUCAGGUGCCCACAGGGUCGUUUUAAAGGGCGAACCGACGAGGCAUGCAAGGUAUGCUAGCCAUGCGAACCAUCGCAAAAUGUACUUUUAUAAAAACCUUUUUCCACAUGGAAAUAUAUAAAAAAUGUUAUAUUUCGUUAUUGUUCCGCUGCUAGAAAAUGCAUACAGAAUAACAGUCGUCACGCGACGUUGUAUCACGGCCGCUGAUAUUUAUUGGAAGAGCCUGGGUCAAACGAAUUACUCUCCCCUUCUUGGAUGGAUUUUUCUCUCCUUAGCUGUGUCCUUACCUGGUGUUUUUUUUUUUUUUUUUUUGCGGAAUCAAUCCUUUUAUUCUUUUUCGAUCUUUGUUGUGGGAAUCGAGCAUCCUUGUCGCUUGUUCCUCUUAAGACUUUUUCCGCUGUCGACUUUGGAGCAUUUUGCAGCAUUGAUGAUGCAUAUACGAUCGUGUAUAAUUAAAACCUCUUUUGAUAAUUAAGUUCAUUGCCAGCUAUUAUUAUAUUGACAUUAAGAGAAAUUUGUAGAACAUGACAGGAAUUGCUGUAAUUCACCAUGAGUACGUAAAAUACGAUAAAAUACAGUUUAUAUUAUGUUGAAAAAAUAGCAAUGGUCUUUUAGUUACCUAGAAAUCCUUAGGUUUUUUAUGGUAACAUAAAAAAUAUAAGAACUAUUGUUGCAUUGUCGUACAUUCGUUACAGUUGGUUUUUCAGUGAAUUUAGUUGUUUCUAUAAUUUGUCUUCACACCUCGCAGCAUGUCUUGCAUGCCUCGUACGCCUCGCCGCCUCGCGUAUUGGUGAGGGUGACACUAUUGCCGACAAUAAUUCUAAAUGUUUAGCGUUUCUCUCCAUUUACUCUACUAUAAACAUAUGUUCGUCCUUUUCGUUCCGUUGCAGCAUGGAUUGGCACAUUGUACGUGGGGCUCUCUUAUCUCGUAGCUCCAUUAUCUGCUCACAUCAAUGAUCGUUAUAGCUACAGGUUUGCCGCUAUUCUGGGAUCCCUCUUAGGAAUUAUUGGUUUCAUCUUUGCUUCAUGGAGUUCCGAUCUGUGGAUGAUGUUUUUAACAUUUGGCUUAAUGUCUGGUAUUGGGCAUGGAUUGAUUUUCAAUACUUCCGUUUUGGUGAUCCUGCAGCAUUUCGUGAAAUGGCGUUCAGUAGCUGUCGGUAUUGUGGCUUCAGGGCCAGCUAUUGGCAUGUUUGUCUUCUCCCAAAUCACUCGACUGUUAUUAAGCACGUUUGGAUGGCCGGGGGCAAUGAUAGGAUACGCCAUCUUGUACUUUGUAUGCGGAUUGUGUGCCACUAUGUUCGUGACACUUAAGACAUUUAAGGAAGACAACAGUGACAUCAAUUCUCAUGGAAUAAAACGUGAAGAGUCAAAAACAUCAUCUCCCCUCAGAAAUCGUCAUUUUCUGAUUAUGUUUUCUUCAUUUGUUAUCAUUCAUUUUAGUUAUUAUGUUCCCACUAUACACAUAGUAAGUAUCAAUUUGAUGUUUUGGUUGAUAAACAGACUGGCUAUACUGAAUUGCAAUCUUAUCACGUUAUGAUACUUCAUCCUAGCCGAGACAGUCGCCUUGCGUAGAGUGAGAACUAAAGAAACUUAUGGAGAUGUGGAAGUUUGUGUAGUCAGAAAUGUUUGUCGGAUAAACAUAAACGAAACAAACAGUAAGACUGUGAAGGGACGACAGACAGCUAAACAAGAAGGGUGAUCCGCAGAUAAACGUCGUGGUAAAAAGACAAGAGGAGGGCAAAGAAACUUGUUGUUGUCAAGUUACUCUCUACUGCGAAAUUUGAACCAGACAGGCAGAUAGACAGUGACAAACGGUUGUUUGGACAUUCUGCCUGAAGGAAAGACAACGGGUCAUGCAGACGGUAUGACGGGUAGGGAAGCAAGAGGUACAAGGGUAAUCACGUUUGCUGGAAGACAGUAAGACAGACAGACGAACACACGUGCAGAGAGACAGACAGUUGGAAAACACGUAGGUAGACAUGUUGACAGGUAGUCGAGCGGUAGGCAGGCAGACAGGCAGGAAGAAAGAUAAAUAGACAGACAGGGAGACAGAGACAGUGGGACAUGUAAGCAGACAGUCGGGUAUGUGGGCUGACAGAGACAGUCAGGCGGGCAGGCAAGCAGACAGAGACAGUCAGCAAAUAAGCAAGUAAACGGGUGGGCGGUUAGGCAUAGACACGUAGAUGAAAAAAAUCAUUUGGGAUGACAGACUGAUCGAAAUACAAACUUUCAGAAAUAUACGGGGAUGGUUCGCAGAUGAACUGAUUUAUAAUGGUAAUUGAACUGAGUGGAGUGCAAUUUAGGCUGAAAUCAUACGCGUGAUUUCAAAAUUGAACAAGCGCGCAGCGCGAGUUCAAUUUGAAAUCACAAGUAUGAUUUCAGACCAAAAUUGCAAAACACAAGGUUCAAUUACCACUUUAUUACAUCCAUUUUGAAAUCGCCCAAAUACAGGACUUGGUCAGUUCAAAUAUUUUAUAACUACAAUACUGAGCCAGUUUGAAAUUAAAUUCACCCAUUUUUGGGAGGAAAAAAAUAAGAGUUUUGGAAACAAAAGUUGCAAAAUUUGCCACAUGAUCCUUCAAGUCUUUCAUCUUCCUGCAGUUUGAUUGGUUACGUUAAACAAGCCUUGAAGUCUGAUUGGUUGUUUUGUUUUUAGUGUAGCCUCCCUUGUUGGCUGGAAAAAAGAUGCGAUUUAAAGCAAAAAAUGGUGCAAUUCGUGAAUAAAUUGCACCAAUUAGAGCCAAUCAGAUUACAGGGACCACCAGUGAUUUCAAAAUGGGUGUAAUAAAUUAUGAAACUAGCGCCAUUCCAGUUUCAUGAUGCUCCGAUCCGAUCCAAAAUAUGAAACAUGAAUAAAGACUGAAGUAACUUUUGAUGGGCCCUUUUUUUUUUCGUUCUCCAGGCAAAAUACUGCGUAGAAGAACUCGAGAUGUCCGGAGAAAGUGUUUCCUUGUUAUACACUUACAUGGCCGUAGCUUCCUUUAUCAGUCGCCAUCUUUUCUGCAAAUUGGGAGACUUGCCAUACUUCAAUAGAUUCUAUCUUUAUCAGGGGGGCAUGACCAUCAGUGGGCUAUGUAUCAUAAGUAUUCCUGUAGCAAGGUCGUUUGUGACCAUACUGAUACCAUUAAUGGGAUUUGCACUCAUGGAUGGAUCACUGGCGGGGCAACAGUCUCUGCUUGUAUUGGAAUGUGUGGGACAUCACAAUGUGAACCAUGCGUGGGGUUAUAUAAUGCUUUUUGCAGGAAUUAGCGCUAGUGUUGGACCUCCUUCGGUCGGUAAGUUGAAUUUAAUGUUGCAGUUACAGGUCAUGGAUUGGAAAUUGUCUCUACUUAACUCCCACCACAAACAAUCCACUCAUUUUUAUCGAGUGCACUUAUGGAAUGACGUUUUUCUGAUAGGUCUUAUGGCUGACAUGCUUGGCUCUUACACUAUCCCAUUUUAUACCGCGGGCGUGGUGCUGAUAGUAGGGGCCUCCAUCACAUCACUUAUGGCUUGUGGAAAUCAACAAUCCGAAGAAAUUGACGCCCACAUCGUUCAGUCAGAAGUGGAAGAACUUUCGGUUGCAGAAAAAAUAACUGUAUUGUAGAAAUGACAUUUUUUUUGUCUUUAGUUUUCCUACGUUUUAAUCGGUUGCUUUAAUUAAGCCUUGAAAUGAUACUAGUUGCUUUGUUUAACUGUUCUGUCCUCGUUGUCUCCUAAAAAUGCAAUUUAUGGCAAUUUAUAUCCUGAGAAUGAAAGAUAAUGGAUAUCGUAGAAAAAAGGUUAGAGCUGAUGGUGAAUCAGGUCAUUUAGAACACAGGACUGUUGUUCAGUCGUUCAUGAUAUCAACAGCGAAUUGCUCUGUAUUCUAGUCAAUCUCAAUAAAUUGUGGGUAUGUAGCCUUUCUUUGUCCUCACGAUCUAAAAGCAUUUAUCACGGAGGCGUGGAUCAAAGCAGGAAUAUUUGGCAGCUUCCAUCUGAAGCGAUAACAUUCAGCUUUAACAGAAGCAGUUACAUGGCGGUUACUAAGCUCGUUUUAUUCUACAUCGGCUUGGAGCAACUUCACCUUUGUUUAGAACACCUUGUACUUGAAUUUUUCAUACCGAACUGUCACUUCAGUUUUUGAGAGUUCUUCCGGCAAUACAUAUAUGCAGCAUAUCAGAAAUUAUGCGGGUAUCAGCGGCCAUCCCGAGGGGUCGACCCCCGGGCAACCCAAGGGUAACCCACGGGCUUAGCAGGGGAUUUGUAGCAAAGGCAUGCCCCGCACGCAGGGCAUUAGAGCGCUUUUGCGUUUUUGGCAAAAUACCCCGGGGCCAUACCCACGGGAUUUGCACGUAAUCUGCUGUCUCAACGUUCAGCGGUUUUCGCCACAGGACAAGCAAGCUCGCUCGCUCGAUGUUCUUCUAGCCCUAUUUGUCCUUUGCAGUUUAUUUUCCUGUGUACCAUGGUCAAGUAUUGUGCUGUUGCUCUGUGCCGUAAUGGGAGUAAGAAACGACCUGAUCUCAGUUAUUUUUGCUUUCCUACAAGGCCCAAUGAGCGUAAGAAGUGGGAGGUUUUCUGUAAGCGAGCGGAUAAAAAAUUCAAGACACUCGGCGAUCCAAGAAUCUGUUCAUUGCAUUUUUAAGGAAAGUGACAUCGAGAUUUCAAUUUCAUAAGGUUAGUUCGCAUUCGAAGCGUCUUGCCGAUAGGAAGAGACAGUGUGAUGAACAACCGCAAGCCAAGAAAGUUUGCCCCAGAAAGCUCGAAUUUGAGGACUCCAUAGAGACUUGUCUGGAUUUUAGUGCUGAUGUGGCUUCAGUAAACCAUGAUCACUCGUACUUUUGCAUCGAGGAACAGGCAACACCGACUAUAUGUUGCCCAGGUUGCUCCAGGGGUGUGGGUAUUUGUCCCAAUUUUUUGCCCUACCCGAGGGGCUUUAGCAUGUAUUUGUCACGGCAGCUGUGACAAAUGCCCCUGGGUGCCCGGGGGUCGACCCCUCGGGAUGGCCGCUGAUACCCGCAUUACUUGUAAUGACCCUUCACAUAGUCAGCUAGGGCUUCCUGUGAUCGUUAAAAUGUUGUGACUACAGUAGCAAAAUAUACGAAAAUGAGUGGAAUGCACGUGCUGAGUGCACGUGGAUUCAUACCAAAAAUAGUUUGUUUCAAGAAGAUGAUGCGUGCGGGAUGCACGUGAGAAGUGCACGUGCGCCCAUAGCUACAUGAUUUUACCACAGUCGAAAAUGUAUCAAGCGGUAACGUAUUUAGCGGGCACCGUGUAUUAUGCGGUCGGUUGUCGAAGAUCCGAAUUUAUUCCCUUUAGUUAAUUACUGCAUUUUUCACCUCUGGUAAGCGGUCGUGGUCCCAAUGGUCUCUUUCUGUUUAUCCCUGUUUUAAACAGUCACUUCAAGUAAAACCACUCAAAUUCACCCAAGAACAACCUUUCAAGUAAAAUUAGAUUCAUUUUUAUCUCCCGAAAUUUAUACUUGUAAACAUUUUUAGUGAAUUUUGCACGCCAAGAGGUCAAUUAUGGAAUGAAAUGGCAUUUUUCAUAACGAUCCUAUUCUGUAGAGCCCGCAGUGAUUCCCUGGGUGACCGCUCAGCUGUAUUACAACAAGAUGGUCCGUGCAGAAUGCACGUGUGGGGUUCACGUGCGCCCCUAGCUGGGGAAUGCACGUGCAGAGAAAGUCGUAACUUGUUUCGGUUUUUGUUGUGAUUCCAUCGUGUUCUAAGAGGUUAAUUGACGUCAUGACAAAUACCAAUACACAGGGAUCCACACGAACAAUGUGACCGUUUGUGUAUAUUAAAAGAGAGCCUUAAAGGGUUGUCAUCAUUGUAUUAAAUCACGACGAGGAAUCUCCAUUUUCAUCCAGAUAAGCGCAAUGUUACAUGAAUUGUGUAUUGACUUUGCUGUAGCUGAAGACUGUGAAUUUGGAUAUUCUACGGAUUUUUUGUUUGCGGUUGCGUUGCGGUCAGAAGGGUACUAGAAAUAUCACCGGUUCACACACAGUCGUCUAUGAGGAAAACGCUAUCCUGAUCUUACCUACUCUCCAAUAUGUAUUGUAAAAGUUUAGGCGCGUAACAAUCUGCUUAACUCUGAUUUAUUGAAAAAAGGUUUUAAACAGCACACUUAACGAGAAAAACAUUUUAAUUAGGCUGUUAUGUAACCCAUUGACCCCUAGGAGUGACUAGUAUCGAAAGUAAUCUCUAAUUCACGUGUCAAAGUCAGGAAAAUAAAAAAUUAUCACCUAUCAUAGAAGGUCAUGAUUGCUAUACACAUUCUCCUUGUCAUCACCUUAGGAAAUAUACAGAGAACAGUAUAGAGAAUAUGCCUACUGAUGUUAGAGUGUCAGUAAAAAGUUAUUGAGGGACCGUUGAUUUGAUCCAUUCUAAAAUUCUCCGCCCCCUCGCUCGCCAGGGGAUGAAUAACGAUUGGUCCCUAACCGUGGUUUGACCACUUUGCCUUUAUAGCCAUUCUCCUUUUGGUUUUUGUUGCGUCACUUUGAAACCGAAAAUAUCACCGUUCCUCAUCAGGCCUGUUUCUCAUUAAGUCGGUGCGGGUAUUUAUAACACGCUGUCCAAUUCUAUCUGGAUUCAACUUGGUUACUCAACUUAUGUCAAGUAAGUGACGAUAUAACAUUUUCACUCCAAGGAAAAUUUCGAUCGGGGAAUAAUUUAAAUAUAAACUGGACUAAAAACAUUUUUUUACGAUCGUGUUUUUGUGACAAGCUGCCGGUCAGAAUUUCCACAAGAGCAAAAUACCGGCAGAGUGAUUUCAAUCUUAUUCUAUUUUUUUUGUUUUUUUUGUUUUUUUUUUGACGAAUGCAAGGAAUGAAUCCCCAAACUAUUGUACAUCUAUUAAGAAGUACUAUAAGAUCGCGAAUAGCCUCGAAAUUCUCGACUAUUGCUUAGAGGGGCUCGUUUGUUGUGUGACAGUUCCACGAUUAUAUAUUCUGGGUCGACUUCCGGUUACUCGUGGCUUGCAGUAUUUUACCCAAAUGGCAAUACAUGCGAAAUAGGGUUGUCGCAUCCGUCUUGAGGGGAAUGGAAGAAAAAAGGCAACAGAUCGUCAAUGGACUUUUUUUUUUUUUAAUUCUUUUGGCUGUAACUUUGUUUAUAUAUAUAUGUAUAUGUAAAUAUAGAAUCCCUUGAUGAGAGAGUAAUCACGAAACAGGCUUUUAAGAACGAAAGCAUAUUCUUUGUUUUUUCUCUAUCUCAAAAAUAUAUAUAUAUACAUAUAUAUAGAUAUAUAUAUAUAUAUAUAUAUAUAUAUAUAUAUUUAAAGACACCGUCAAUUGUACAGUCAGCGAUCUCGUUCCAAAAGAUAUCGAUAUCUCUUUUAAGACAUGGUUAUGUAACUAGAAAUUGAUAACUUAAACUCGAUGAUAUAACAUAUCAUUCGCGUGGAUAUUUUGCUAGUUACGUAAUAUUUAUCGAUCUUCGUAGGGGGGCGAGGUAAAUAACGAUUAAUAAGCAAAACUUCCGCUCGUAAUAUAUGGAAAACCAUCAGUAAAGUUUUUAUUUCUAGUGUUUAUUUUGGCUUCUAGCCUUCGAAAUACUUUUCAAUUCUGAGCAUCGUAUCGAUAGCGUAAGGCUGCGAAAACAGGUUUUUUGCCCUUGCAAAUAACAGGAUGGACGUGGAAAACUCAAAUGAACUCUUACUGAAAGGGCUCUUCCUGGGGAAUACUCGCAGGCAGCGCGAAGGUUGGAAUCUGUUGCGGCUAUUGACUACCCUUAAGACAAAAUAGUCUCGCAGUAAACUUCGCUUCAAUCACGUUUUAAUCCUCGGUCUUGGUAUGUCCAGAUACACCAAAGUACUUACCCAAGAUACUUUACAACGCAGUUCUAUUUAAGCCUAAAUUACAACGGAUUAGGUAAUGGUAUUAAUUAUCUCAGUAAAGGAAUACAAGGUUAAGCUUGAAUUAUCUGAGACAUUUUUAUAGCUACAAUUGGCUAGAAAGGAAUUUCGCCUCUUACAAGAUUUAUCACUUUCAAAACAGCACAGGUAGAUAACAACUAAAGAAAAGUCUAGGACAGGUAACGGUUAAAGUUUAACUAUAAUUACAGAUAUAGCAACAACAACGGGUAGUAUUUACGCUUUGCCGAGCUUAGCAAAAGUUCCAUGUUUAAUUUAUGUUUUUCAAUAGCGUAAGUCCAGUAAAAUUAACAAGUGAAACUCCUCUUGUUACAAAGUGUGUGCAAAAGAACAGAACAGCAAAAAUUAAACAAAUUAAACGUUCUUCAAAACGAACAAAAAGAUCCGAUGAUCUUAAUGCUCGUUGCUUAAAAUUCAUUCUCAAAGAAAGAAGAAAAUCAGAGUUUGGAUCUUUCAUAGCAACCAUUUUAUUGCUCUGCUCUCCGUCCGUAUUUUUACCGUCUAUUAUUUAAGCAAGAGGCCACUCUCACUAUGGGUUUACCGGCGUAAUAACCCACGUGGGCAGUUGGUUGAACAAACUUAUCGGCCUCGUGAUGAUUCGACGGUGUUACUGAUUUUGGUUAAACAAUACUUUAAGUGUAAUGCUUGCGACAUGAUUCUUUCCUGAAUUUCAUUUAAUAGUCUCCUAGAGCUACUACAUACACUUUACAAAGAUGUCGAAAUGCUUAACAAGACAAAGUGAAGUCCGAUCGGACGUAGGAAAAGCAUUGGAAAACAAUUCAAGAUGGUACCAGGACUGCUGUCGAUCGUGGUUUGUUUAUGCAGCAUCACUGAUGUCAGUUAUUGUUGUUUCCGGGAUUGCAUUUAGUUAUGGUUUACUGUUACCGUCUUUGAUGGAUGCGUUUGAGGCUACCCGACAAGAAACAGGUAAGUCGAAAAGGUAUAAAAAACAUCAGUUUUAUCCGUCUUGAAUAGAACAUGUGUCCAGCACCCAUCACCCAACACUGACCAAAUAACAACAACGACAACAUUGACCGACCGAUCAUUCUUUUUAAUCUUCUAUACUGUUAAACGACAAAAUCAAAACAGAUCUUACCUUGAAGCAUUGUAAGAGCUUCAUUACCAUGGUGUUGGAAAUAUGAAUGGAAAUAACAUAUUAGCAUAAGCCAUUCAGUUAAAAAAAAAUAUUGUAAGAAGUUGAUGAUUUCCUAUUUAGAUGGCGGUCUUACUUUGUUAGUAGAGUGAUUGUUAUAUUUUUUUCUGAGAGAAAAUGGUCCAUUUAACUCCACAAAAGUUUGUUAGUGCUUAUGGCAUAUUAUCCUAUCGCGAAUUUGACAUCAGUUUCUACGAUGAUUAAAACUUGCCGUGAAGCAUUUCAAUUAUCUUGCGGUAAGAUAUAUUUCAAUCGGCGCUUGAUGAAUAGGAGAGUCGUUUGAUCUGCUAAAAAUUAAUCUCGCGCAUGAAUUCCUGGAAAUUCUUACAUCUUAUACUUUCGAUUCUUUACAGGUUCGUUUUUAUGUUAAUUUCAUAUCGAACUCUCGAUCAAGAAAGUAAUUCUUAAUUUUUUUAAUUUAGCACGUUCAACACCUCUUUCUGUAAGGCGAUUUAAGGUGUAAAUAACUUGUACUUUUCAUUCCGCACUGAAUUUAUAAUCAGUUGACUUAUAUGAACGGCUCGAAUAAUUCUCUGUUUAUUUUGUCGUUAUGUAACAGACUUCAAGGGCUACUUUCUAUUUAGUUAUCUUUUAGGUGUUAUUCUAAUCUAAGCAACGGUUUCUUUAUAAUUUCUAUAUUACCAAUCUUGUUUUUGUUUUGGGCUGAUCUUAACAGCAAAAGUAUGAAAUUUUAGGUGGAAAUUUGUUUUCAAAUGAGUCAACAAACCGAUGGUACAUUACUUAGUAUGCGGGAACUGUUUCACGUAAUUCAAUGUGAUUCGCUGGUGAAGUAAGACGUUGGUCAAAUAUUAACAGCUUGCCAAUUGUCGCCUUUAUGAGCUGAAAACCGACAUGUUCCUGUAGUUGUUGCGUUAUACCCCGAGCUAGCAAGUUGUUUUGAGUUUUUAAGAAAAGAAAUAAAGAAAGUAUGAACUGUACAAGGAGUGUUAGAAAUUCUUCCAACAAUACACUAACUUUCAGCCUUUUGCAUUGCAGCGUGGAUUGGUACAUUGUAUGUAGGAUUCGCCUUUCUUGUUGCUCCGUUAUCUUCUUACAUCAAUGAUCGUUUCAGCUACAGGUUUACCACCAUUCUGGGAUCCCUCUCAGGAAUUAUUGGUUUCAUCUUUGCUUCAUGGAGUUCCCAUCUGUGGAUGAUGUAUCUAACAUUUGGUUUAAUGUCUGGGAUUGGGCAUGGGUUGAUUUUCAGUACUUGUAAUUUGGUGAUUCUGCAGCACUUCGUAAAAUGGCGGUCAGUAGUUGUUGGUAUUGUUGCUUCCGGGCCAGCCAUUGGCAUGUUUGUCGUUUCCCAAAUCACUGACGUGUUCCUUAGUACGUUUGGAUGGCCGGGGACAAUGAGGGGAUACGCCAUCUUGUUUUUUUUUUGCGGAUUGUGUGCAACUGUGUUCAUACCUCGGGAACAGUUUGAAGAAGACAACAGCGAAUUUAAGUCUCAGAAACUCGGAAUCGAACACGAAGAAUCAGCCACUUCAUCUCUAUUCAGAAACAGCAAUUUUCUGAUUUUGCUUACUUCUUUCGCUGUUGUUAACAUGAGUUUUUUUGUUCCCUCUAUACACAUAGUAAGUAUCAGUUUGAUAUUUUUGUUUAGUUGACUUGCACCUCAUUACUUCAUGAUAACCUGAUAGCGGGCAGGUAGGCGCACAGACGUGCAAACAAAAAAUCAUUCAGGGACACAGACCGAAAUGUAAGCUUUCAGAAAAGGUGCUUACUAACUGAUUCAUCUCGAAACAGGCAACACUUCUUUCGUGCUGUUCCGAUCCCUACUCAUGAGCCAUUAAUGGAGAAGACGUAGUUUUCACUUCUGACCAGCAUUUUUAUCAUUUUAAUUAUUCUUCAGGCAAAAUACUGUGUGCAGGAACUCCAUAUGUCCGAAAAGAAUGUUUCCAUGUUAUAUACAUACAUGGCUGUGGCAUCCUUUAUCAGUCGACAUAUUUUCUGCAAAUUGGGAGACUUUCCGUACGUUAAUAGAUUCUAUCUUUAUCAAGUUGGAAUGACUAUCAGUGGACUAUGUAUCUUGUGCAUUCCAGUAGCGAGGUCGUUUGUUUCCAUACUGAUGCCAUUAAUUGGGUUCAGACUCAUGGAUGGAGCAAUGGCGGGGCAACAGUCUCUGCUUGUGUUGGAAUGCGUGGGACAUCAAAAAGUAAACCGCGCGUGGGGUUAUAUUAUGCUUUUUGCAGGGAUCAGCGCCACUAUUGGACCUCCGUUAAUCGGUAAGUUCGAGCCAAAGGUUGCAAUCAGUUUUCACGGAUACGAGAUUGUUUCAAUGAAACCUGUAUCAUUGACCACCCACCCACUCGUACAUGCUUAUGUAAUAACUUUUUGAUUAUUUUUGAUAUGUAAUAAUUUUUUGAUAUUUUCCAAUUUGUGAUAGGUCUCAUGGCUGACGAGCUUGGCUCGUACACUAUCCCAUUUUUCACUGCGGGUGCGGUGCUGAUAGCAGGGGCCUCAAUCACUCAGCUGAUGACCUGUGUAAAACAAAAAUCAGGAGAAAGUGACGGUCGCAUUGUUAAGUCAGCCGUUGAAGAGCUUUUAAUCAUGGAAAAAGUUACUGUAUUGUAA